AUGUAUCAAAAUGUUCAAUUCGACAAUUUACCGAAACAUGCGAUUCAACAAUCUAUUGAAAUGUUCAAUUCAACAAUUUAUCGAAAUGUAAAUAUCAAAUUAAAGUAUAAACUAUUUUUUUUAUUUAUGUACGAUUCAACAGCUGAUCGAAAUGUUCAAUUCAACAAUUUAUUGAAAUGUUCAAUUCAACAAUUUAUUGAAAUGUUCGGUUCAACAAUUUAUCAAAAUGUUCAAUUCGACAAUUUAUCGAAACGUGCGAUUCAACAAUCUAUUGAAAUUUUGAUUCAACAAUUUAUUAAAAUUCCGACUCAACAACUGAUCGAAAUGUUCGAUUGA